GUCUACGUAAAACAUCAGGAUGGCCCCUCAGCUUAAAUCAAAGGUUUUCAAUGAUUCUCAAGUUUUUCUGGUUAUCCUGGUGAACCUGAUGAUGCCGGUCAUCGUUGUUGCACGAGUCAAGAGCCACGAAUAGUUGCGAAUCCGUUGAUGGGCUUAUUUCGUCCUUUAGGUCAACAAAACCGUGCGAGAACCGCAUUUCUGUUUUGAGCCGAUCAAUUUUCUCGGUGGAAAUAUGUGGCUAGAGGAGUGCGAUAGUUUUGCUGAGCUAUGCCGGGGAUAUUUGCCAUACUAUCUUCUAAUAGUUUUGCCGAUCUUUAUCAUCAUCUCCCCGGUCAACCCGGUGACCGCCUCCCAUGAGUUCCCCGUGUUUCGUAUGCAUCAGUACGAUUUGCAUGGAAUUCCACACGGUUGCCGAAGCGCACCCAUUUCCUUGGAGGCGAGGUCUCUAGCUGGUUGGAGUACCUCUAGACACUGCGUCGUUGCGAAAAUACUGGAUAUUACACCGUCUGUCUUCCAGUCCAUUAGAAGUAAAGCUGGUGCGUUAGUGAUUGUUUUACCCAAGAAAAUAAGUGAACUUACGACGGAGGAAAAGCAACACAUUAUGAGUCUAGAAGAGUCGAUGAUGUAUGGUUCUGAGACGAUGAUACCAGUGUACUUUGCACCAUGGCAUUCAGAGCUUCAAAUAAUUUUAGAUGAUAUCGCGGGUGGUUUUAUCACGGAUGAAAAGACUGGUGCAGCAGCAGAAGCUAUAUACAAUUCAAUUUCAGCUAGUGGUUACCAAGUGGUAGUAACCACUGGACAGGCACUUCCUAAAACAGAAGUUAAAGUUGCCACGUUGCAUGGUAAAUUAACUGGAACUGGUACCGAAGAGAAAUUACCUACCAUAGCAAUAGUGACAUAUUACGAUAGUACUGGUGUGGCACCUGAAUUGUCAUUCGGCGCGGACAGUAAUGCUUCCGGUGUAGCUAUGCUACUUGAAAUAGCGAGAUUGUUCGCUGCUUUAUACUCCACUGGUCGCACAAGACCACAAUAUAAUCUCGUUUUUAUCACAACUGGAGCUGGUAAAUUAAAUUAUCAAGGUAGUAAGAAAUGGUUGGAAGAUCAAUUGGAUGGGGUUGAAGGUUCUGUUAUACAGGAUGCAGCUUAUGUAAUAUGCCUUGAUACAGUUUCCGCUAGCAAUAAUUUAUAUGUGCAUGUGUCGAAACCACCUAAGGAGAAUUCAUCGGGUGGUUUGUUUUACAAAGAACUUAAAACCGUUUCGCAAUCAUUCAACACUGUCAAUGUUGAUGGUGUGCAUAAAAAGAUAAAUCUUGCAGAAGAGACAUUAGCUUGGGAACACGAAAGAUACAGCAUUCGAAGAUUGCCAGCUGCUACUUUAUCUACAUUAAAAAGUCAUGAAGAUUCAACUCGAACUACUAUAUUAGAUGUCUCUAAAGAAGGACAAGUAGACAGAUUAUAUAAGCAUACCCAAAUUGUAUCGGAAGCAUUGGCACGUCAUAUAUAUAACUUAAGUUCUAGUCAAAUAUUUGCUGGUCCAUUGGAUGUAUCAAAAGAAUCACUCUCUUUAUGGUUUAAUUAUUUUGCUUCUCAACCAAGAGCAGCAUCAUUAUUAGCAGAUAAAAAUAAUUUACUAGUUGGUACUUUGAAAGAAGCAAUGGCGAGAUAUUUAGGGGAUGUGAAAGUUACUUUUCACACUCCUGAUAAACAAGAUCCAGAAUUCGUGUUUUAUGAUGUUACAAAAGCAACUCUGAAUGUAUAUAGUGUGAAACCAGCUGUAUUUGAUCUCUUUCUUACUAUCGGCAUAAGUUUAUACUUGGGAAUAUUGUACAUGAUUGUGCAUAAUUUUCCACAUGCUUAUGCUCUGGCAACGCGACUUUCAGCAAAGAGCAAGACGACGUGAAUCUUAUUUUGUAUUUACAAACAUAGAAACCUGAGCCUUUUUUGAAUAUCAAUAUCCAGUAAUGUUGAAUAAUCGAUUUAUAUUGUAAGAAAGUUGACUAGUUCUUAAAUAAUUUCCUCUAAAAUAUUCCAAAUCUAUUAUAUACUUAUGCGUAUUUAUAAGUAUUUGCUAGGGGAAAGUUAAAUCCAAGUAUAUAUUUAUUUGUAUGUGUGUAUAUAUUUAUUUCAUGAAUUUUUAAUUAUAAAAUAACUAUAGGGAUUACGCGUAUUUAUAAUUUUUGACUAUAAACACAUGGACUGCUAGUCCCUCAUUUUUGCUAUAGGAAAUGCAUACUCUAUCGAACUGAAGUUAGCUGAAGAUUGUUAGAAUCCGCCUCGAACAGUAAAAACUGGCAAGUUCAAAUGCGAAAAUUGCCAUACUUUUUGUAAUAAGCACCGUUACUAACUGUUCUUCUUUUUCUUCUUUUGUUUUCCCCUUAUUUGGUUUUCCGACUCAAGUACAGAGAGUCACAGUACCAUGCAAAUUAAUGGAUUCUAAAAUCCGUUGAAUAGUCUUCUCGAGAAGCAGAGUUUACUGACCGUUACACAUCGUAUACGUGCAUAUACUAUAAUCAAAGCUUUCCACUCCCGCAGAAAAUUACUGUCGGGACAGAGCCUAAUCUUCCAGCUUGGCGACACAUCUGAAGUUGGCAGUCCAUGUGUUUAUAGUCAGAGUUUAUAAUGCUCAUAGCACGUCGCCUUUAUUAACUACUUCCAGCAAUAACAAACACGGAGAAAAAUUAGAUUUUCUUAAUAAUUAAGUGAUGUGAAAAGUGAUAAAAACAGUUAUGAACGAUCAAAUAAUGAAAUAUUAGACUACAAGUGAGAAUGUAAAAAUUGGAAAAUUUGUUAUAUGGAAAUACAUAAAUAGUUAUAAAAUCUAAUGUAACAUAUCUAAUAACUUAAGGUCUGUAUUUAUCAAAGAUAUGAUAGUAACCAUUGAUUUUAACGUUCUAGAACAUGAACUAGAAAUAAA